UUGAUGCGCAGUAACAGGGCCGAGACAAAGGCGGUUGUCAGUCCGCUGUGCGUCACCUGGGCUUUGCGAUAUCGGCCGGAAAUUCUUGCCCCGAACGAAGCGGGGUCGGCUAUGCCCACACUCACGUCUUCAUCCGUGAAAACAUUGACGACAAAGUGCCGUAGCCGCGGCUGGCGCACCCGCUUGCACCGGCUGCAGCCUCCGGCUCGGGGUACCUAAGGCUGGUCUUUAUUGGCUGAGCCCGUGCCAUCCAUGGCGCAUUCCCGCACCCCUUGACAUGUUGCCUCCAACCCGGAAUGCCUAAUCCAGUAGCGCAUGCUUGUGUGUGCCUGGUCGGCCGGCCUGCCUCCUGUUCACAAGUAGCUGCAGGGCCAUCACAUUCUGGUCUACACUAGAUGUGGCCGCCUCCGCCCUCCCCCGCACUGUCACACUCCAUAUGAAAGGAUUUCGCGCCGGGUUAUCUGUGUUAUCACAUGGAUCUCUGGCUUGGCUCGAUACCGAGCUUACCUUAUUCAAACUCCCUCUAGUAAGAGACCGAUUACUUGACUUGAGUUUCCGUCGUCGCGGGGAUCUGUUGGGAGCAUAAACUUGAGUACCCGUCUCUCGGGACAUGCACAAGUCCAAAAUGAGCCCCAAACAGACUGCCCGGCCCAAAGCCGAGUCCAUCCGUCGAGAAAACGACGACAGCAGCAGCAGCCGCAGCAGUAGCAGCACAGACGGCUGCCCGUCCUACGGCGCGACGCCAUCCCGACCCCCACGCCAGUCCGCACUCAGGGCCCGGACGCUCUCGGCGUGGACCAAGCACCGCGCCGCGAUCCUCAUGUUGGGCGCCACCGUCUGCGGCGUCACCAUGAACACGUGCGCGCGCUUCCUUGAGCACGGCGGCGGCGGCGACCCGUCGCGGCCGCCCAUGCACCCGCUGCAGCUGCUCCUGGCGCGCAUGGCCGUGACCGUGACCUUCAGCAGCGCCUACAUGGCGUGGCGGCGGCAGUCGCAGUUCCCGUGGGGCCGGCGCGACGUGCGCGGCCUGCUGCUCCUGCGCGGCGCCUGCGGCUUCUUCGGCAUCUGGGGCAUGUGGCAGUCCAUGAUGUACCUGCCGCUGGCCGAGGCAACCGUCAUCACCUUCCUGGUGCCGUCCGUGACGGGCUACGUGUGCCACCUGCUCAUCCGCGAGCCCUACACGCGCCCGGAGCAGGUGGCGUCGCUCGUGGCGCUGGCCGGAGUCGUCGUCAUCGCCCGCCCGGCGUCGCUGCUGGGGUCGGGAGGAGGAGGGGAGGAGGAGGUGCCCGUGGGUGGUUCGCCGGAGUGGGCGGCCGGCGGGAUGGGGGAUGGGGUCACGCCGGCCCAGCGGCUGGGGGCCAUCGGAAUCGCGCUGGUCGGCGUGCUGGGCACCGCGGGGGCUUACACAGCCAUCAGGAAGAUAGGCACGCGCGCACACCCGCUAGUGACGACCUAUUACUUCGCCUGGACAUGCAUCAUCGUCGCCCUCGCCGCCCUCGUGUUCGCGCCCGUCCUGGACAUUGCGCAGCCGGAGCUGCGGUUCCAGCUGCCGCACGGGGCGUUGGAGUGGCUGCUGCUGCUCGUCAUCUGCCUCGCCGGGUUCCUGACCCAGUUCCUGCUCACGGCCGCCCUGGGCGGCGUCGAGGGCGGCAGCGCGGCCAGCCAGGCCGCCACGCGGAACCGGGCCAUGUCCAUGACGUACACGGCCAUGGUCUUCGCCGCCGUGAGCGACAGGCUCGUGUUCGGCAUCGACAUGGGCGUCGCGACGCUCGCGGGCUCCGUGCUGAUCAUCGGGAGCGCCCUGUGGGCCGCCUUCUCCAAGAGGGAGGAGGAGGAGGCGCCGGCGCGGGACGCCGAUUUGGAGGCGGGGGCUGGAGGUGAGGUUGUGCUUGCUGGAGGGGAUGGCGAGAACGCCCGGCUGCUCCAGGAUCAGGGGGAAUCUGAUGAUAGGGAGUCUGGUGACGAGGAGGAUGGGACAGGAAAAGCUGCUCGGUGAGUGGGUAAGAGAACCAGAGAAGGGUAUAAGCUACGGUGUGCAUAUAUGGUAUAAAACAUGACUUGACCGUGAAUGUAUGUCGCCGUAUUGGACUAAGUGCUGGACCGUGAUCCAGUAUUAAUUUGCAGC